CUAGUUUCCCUCCUGUGUGUUGAACGGUGUUGAGCCUGCUAAAACAUGAUGUCUCUGUCUUCAGCCAUGGUUUCAUGCUGCAYCCUGGCUCAGAAGCUUCUUUGGAAAGGAAUGUGCCCUGCUUGUCUCAUACUUUCCCCGGUCCCAUGGAAUCAUCUGUAGGUGUUAUGCAGAGCCACCGAAAGAAUGUGUAUGAAGACAGCAUGAAUGCCAGAACCUUAGUAGGGAAACUCUCCUUGACUUGUUCCCAAUGGCAAAAACUGUUGAUCUUGCUGUUUGUGGCAGGUCUGUACGUGCAGAGUCUAUUCUAUGUGAUGAAGUCAGCUGAAAGCCAGGCAGAGAAGCGCCUUGGUGCUUGCAGGAGACGCUUWGUGUGGAGAAAACCUUUUCUUGGAAGGUUUGAAUCUCACUGGAAGCCUUUCCUGACCAGCAAAUCCCUAUACUUGCUUAUGGACAGKCCUUUUAGAAGUGAUCUUGAAAAAGUUCUGUGGUUCCAUAGACUUCCCUUUGGGCUACGGAACUCAGUUCUCUCUGCUUUUGCAACAUUGCAGCUUCUUCCAGAGCAGGAGUUGCCUGAAUUCUUUGAGCGAUUGCGGUGCCAAAGUUGUAUUGUGGUCGGCAAUGGUUACUCCAUCCAUGGCCAACACUUAGGGAAAAAAAUCGAUUCUCAUGAUGUUAUUAUAAGGUUAAAUGAUGCUCCAGUAAAAAWGCAUAAGGAAGAUGUGGGUGAGAGAACUAGCAUCCGUCUCUUCUUCCCUGAAUCAGCUUUUCCAAACCCUCUGGAAAACAAUGACAAAGAGACCCUGAUGGUGUUUGUUCCAUUCAAGCCGCUGGAUUUCACCUGGCUGAGGGAGGUGUUGCUGAAAACAAGGAAUAAGACAAAGGAGGGGUUUUGGCACCAGCCCCCUGAGGAAUGGAAUGGGAAUGUCUCUCACCUGCGUAUUCUCAACCCCUAUGUCAUCUAUGAAGCAACGUAUAAACUCCUGAAGUUGAAAGUUUCGAGUAUGAGAUAUGCCACCAUGGGAAUCAUUGCUUUGAACUUAGCCCUCCAUAUGUGCCAAGAGGUCAACAUUGCAGGCUUUGGUUACCCUGGCAACCAUGACAAUGCUACGCCAAUACAUUAUUAUAAUACGGGUCGCUCUUUGAGAAAAGAGCUGUUUCAGCACAACGUCACUGCUGAGAGAAAGUGGCUGCUGAAAAUGAUCAAGCAGGAGGUGAUUGCUGAGAUUGGCAAGCCUGCCCUCCAGGCAGAGAACCACUGAUACUGCUUGCWGUCCUCUUACAGAUACUGCUGGUUGUCCCAGCUAGGCUUUACCCUUGUUCCAGGUUGUUUUGAGCGGAACAUCCUGUUCCAUGUGGGAUGGGAGAUGAACCCUGGGAUUCAGGGCUUGUUCUUUCCACUGUUGCACUCCAGCUCUUACCACUGCAUGCCAUAGUGGAGGAUGAAGUGUGUCAUACUUGGGUGGCCUGCUACUGUUUUGGAGAAGGCUGUCGUUUGCUUGUUGGUUAUUUGUAUAACGCACCAAAGUGGGAUGGUAACCUGGUCCCCAGCCCCUAGGUGAAGGAGGAGGGUGGCAGUGCAUUGUGUGUUGAGAUUUGAAACUUCCUCCUAAGCAGCUUGGAGUGAGAAUCAAACCCAGCAGUUUGGAAAAGGACUGCGCUGAACAUUCAAGAAUUUCAGCAUUUUACUAGUUGUUGGGAAAUGUUACAUCUGUUACAGAAUACUAAGAAAGUGGGUUUUUAUUUUU